UGAGCCGCCCAGCCCUCAGUGCGACCGGCGCGGGGACUGUCCCGGGUGGAGCUGGCCGAGUCUCCCGUUCUGCUCCACCCGACGCUGCUGUGUGUGCUGGGCCUGGCUCGCGGCGAACAGAGAUGGCCGAGCAGUCUGACGAGGCCGUGAAGUACUACACUCUCGAGGAGAUUCAGAAGCACAACCACAGCAAGAGCACCUGGCUGAUCCUGCACCACAAGGUGUACGAUUUGACCAAAUUUCUGGAAGAGCAUCCUGGUGGGGAGGAAGUCCUAAGGGAACAGGCCGGAGGUGACGCUACUGAGAACUUUGAGGAUGUCGGGCACUCUACAGAUGCCAGGGAAUUAUCCAAAACAUAUAUCAUUGGGGAGCUCCAUCCAGAUGACAGACCAAAGUUAAACAAGCCCUCGGAAACUCUUAUCACUACUGUUGAUUCUAGUUCCAGUUGGUGGACCAACUGGGUGAUCCCUGGCAUCUCAGCAGUGGCCGUCGCCUUGAUGUAUCGCCUGUACAUGGCGGAAGACUGAACACCUCCUCAGAAGCCAGUGCACGACAAGUCUGCUUUGGACACAGGAGGAAAGAAGCCAAUGCUAACUACUUCACUGACAGAAACCUUCACUUGAAAAGAUUAAUUUUAAUGUAUCUCUUUUUCUUUCUUCCAACAUUAGAAACAAAACAGAAAGAACUGUCCUUUCCACUCUCAAAUUUUUAAUUUUUUGAGUGUGCCUUUUUAUUCAUCUACUUUGAUGUUUCUUUACUAUGUAAUUUACUUAUUAUAAGUAUGAUCUUUUAAAAAUAUAUCUGGCUUUUAAAGUA